GUCAAAACAGAAAGAGCUCAGAUCACUGUGGGGCUCAUAGGCAGAAACCAUGUCUGUCGUUCUCCUAGUCAUCGGCGUUGUUAUAGGAGCUGCUUACAUUUACCAUCGCAUUGUGGUAAAAGGGGAGAGAUGCACAAGCCAAACAAAGCUUCAUGGGAAAACUGUGAUUGUCACUGGCAGCAACACUGGCAUAGGGAAGACAACAGCCAUAGAUCUGGCUCGAAGAGGAGCCCGAGUGAUUCUGGCCUGCCGCUGUAAGCAGAGAGGAGUUGCUGCUCUUGAGGAGAUCAAAAGGGAGAGUGGUAGUAGUCAGGUGGUGUUCAUGCAGCUGGAUCUGGGGAGUCUGAAGUCUGUUCGCAGUUUUGCAGAGGCCUUUCUGAAGUCUGAACCUAGACUGGACAUACUGAUCAAUAAUGCAGGUAUCUGCCUGCAGGGUCAAACAGAGGAUGGGUUUGGACUAAUGUUUGGUGUUAACCAUCUUGGUCACUUUCUGUUGACCAACCUGUUGCUGAACCGUCUGAAAGAGUGCGGUCCAAGCAGGAUAAUCAAUGUGUCAUCCAUGGCACACAACUUUGGAAAAGUAGAUUUUGACUGCCUGAACACCCAUAAGGCUCUGGGAUUGGGAACAUCUUUCGUGCAUGUCCUCCAAAUUUACUGUGACAGCAAGCUGUGUAAUGUUCUCUUCAACCAUGAGCUGGCCAAGAGGCUGCAGGGAACUAAGGUCACCUGCUACGCUCUUCACCCAGGAGCUAUCAGUUCAGAGCUAGGCAGGAACACAAGCUUAUUCCUACAAAUCGUCCUUAAACCCAUCACCACGUUCUUCUUCAAGAACACCAUCCAGGGAUGCCAGACCACCCUGCACUGUGCCCUGCAGGAGGGGCUUGAACCUCUCAGCGGACGAUACUUCUCCAACUGCACUGUUAGAGAUCUCUUCGCUAAAGCCAAGGAUGACGCUGCUGCAAAGAAGCUGUGGGAAGUUAGUGAGAGACUCUGUGGCCUUGUCUGAAGCAAAAAGAAAACACCUCAUUUAAAGCAUGACGAGGACUUCUGUUAGCUGUUAGAAGGGACAGGUGUUCUUAAUGGCCUUGCUUGAUUUAACUGACUGAAAACUUUGGUUCAAAACUAAUCAAGUUAUGGUGGGUAAAACUUUGACAAGUAUUACGAUGCAUAAUCUAAUGUAUAAAAUGGAACAACCUGAUCUUUUAAAGACAUGGGUGGUCUUUGUAAGCCAGCUGGAUGCUGGAGGCUUCACCAGUGUUCAGAUGUGUUUUAAAUGUGAACCGAUUGAUUAAACUUUCUUACUGUAUAACUUG